AUGGUAGGAGAGGUCAGGGGUGAUCAAGCCCAGUCAAGAUCCUGUUACGUCGAAAUGGUCAAGAUAGCCGAGAAAGGGCGACGCGACACUUUCAAUAAAGAGGACUUGGGAGACGAGAAGCGCCCCCGAAUCGAUCCGGAAGAUAAGGUUAAUCAUGUACAACCCAUGGAUGAAUUAAUGACAAUUGACCUUGUCCCCGACAUGUCGAAACAAACCCGGAUAAGCAAAGACCUAGAACCACCUCUCCGAGACGAGCUGAUAGCAUUAUUACGAUCUAACGAAGACAUCUUCGCAUGGCAACCAAGUGACCUAACCGGUAUCGCACCUCGUACUGCUGUGCACAGGCUCAAUUUGCGACCUGAGUGCAAACCCGUCAAGCAAAAACGGCAACACUUCGGCAUUGAAAAAGACGAGAUUAUAAAAAAAGAAGUCCAACGACUUCUGGACAUUGGACAUAUUAGGGAAAUCCAAUUCCCCACAUGGUUGUCCAACGUAGUGUUAGUGCAGAAGGCCAAUGGUCAGCGGCGAAUGUGCAUUGAUUUUAGGGACUUAAACAAGGCCUGCCCAAAGGAUGAUUAUCCCUUACCUCGUAUAGACCAACUUGUAGAUGCCACUGCGGGAUGCGAGCUACUCAGUAUGAUGGACGCCUCACAAGGAUACCACCAGAUCCCGUUAGAUGAAAAGGAUCAGCCGGCAGUGAGUUUUAUCACCGCCACGGGCACCUACUGUUACGUGGUGAUGCCUUUCGGUCUGAAGAAUGCAGGGGCCACGUAUCAGAGAUUGAUGGAUAGAAUGACUCUUGGGUUGCCCAAUUUGCAUUUGAGCAGCAUCAUUUUGGCGCCGUCUGUGGGAAUGCAAACUCGAUCACGUGACACGGGCGGAGAUGGUCAAGGUAAUCUCAAUUCGCCUCAACAAGGAGCCGGCGUCGGGAUCCCGGAUCCGCCUCGAAGAAAGCGGACGGCAGGAGGAACCAGCACUGCGGGACCUUCAGUGCCGAUCAUCCAGAUGACGGCGGAAGAAUUGCAAGCCAUGAUGGACGAGACCGCGGCCAAGGCAGCAGCUUGGGCAGCAGCGGACGCAGUAGCCCAACACAUCAGCGCUCAGGGCCAUAGUGAUUUCGAAGAGCCGAUUCUGUCAGAAAGCGAUCCCACGGAUCCCGCUCACGUCCAUGUGACUCCGCCCAUCAUAGAACUCCACGACUCUGAGGAAAGGGUGUCGUUCAGGGACCGAAGCCUUUCUUCAGAACGGGCCCCUCGAAGCAACUUGCUCCCUCUAGGGAGAAAGCGACGCGAGACCGCCGAGAGAGAAGUGGAUCUUCUCGGCCGGGUGUCCUACGCCAUGAGCCUCGAGACGAUAGACAUCGAGGACGUUCCUUUCGCCAAGGCGACUCCCCCCAAGACGAGUAUGGAAGUAGAUACUCUCAACUUGGAUGGUCUAAGCCAACUAUCAGAACGCUUCCUUAGCCAGUAUUCCAUCAACAAGAGAUACGCCAAAACCGGAUCAUACCUCUUCAAAGUCAAACAGCGCGAAGGAGAACCGUUAAGGGAUUAUGUACAACGGUUCGUCAAAGUUGUACACGAGGUGCCCAAUGUUAACCACGAUCUGCUAGCCGAUAUACUGCAACAUAACUUGAAGCAUGUUCGCUUCCAAGAAUCCAUCGCAGGCCGACCCCCGCAAACUCUGGAGGAACUUCUGAACCGCGCGGAGAAAUUUAUCCGGAUAGAGGAGGCUGUAGAGAUGGGGCUCCUCGUGAAGAGGAGGCGCGAAGAAGAACGCCAUGAUACAAAAAGGAGAGAAGAAGGACGCUCGAACCACGCCCCUACCUAUCCAAAGUUCACCCCCUUAAAAGCAAAACUCAUGGAUGUGUGGAUGGUAGCGGAGCAUAAAGGUUUAGUCCAACCCCCGAGACAGAUGAAAGAGAAUUCGAAAAGGCAAAAAUCAGAAAAAUACUGCGAAUACCAUCGAGAUCGGGGCCACACUACCGACGAAUGCUUUCAACUUAAGCAGGAAAUCGAGAGACUGAUUAAGAAAGGACACCUGGGAGAAUUCGUCGAUACCCCGCGACACCAGAAAUUCAAAAAUAAACCCCACUUCCAGCAGAAAGGAGAACAUCCCAACGCUCGAAAAGAUCGGGAGGAUGACAAUCUUCCGACUCAAGGAAUAAUUGCAGUCAUUUCCGGAGGACCCUCGAGUGGUGAUACCCCCAGCGCACGACGCGCGUCAAUGCGGGCUGCAGGAGGAUCGUACUCUACGACAGAACGUCCGGCAGGACAUGUUUACCAUGUUCAUCACCCAAACCCAGAGAUUACAUUUAGCGACGACGAUCUCGAGGGACCACGUGGUGAACACAACGAUGCGUUGGUCAUUUCAGCAUCAAUUUCCAAUUACAUGGUGAAGAAGAUUUUGGUAGACGGCGGUAGCUCGGCUGAUAUUAUAUAUUACGGCGCUUUCAAAAAGCUAGGGAUAGCCAAUGCGAAACUCGCGCCCGUGAAAACACCCCUAGUGGGUUUUGCAGGACACGCCGUCAAAGCUUUGGGAGAAAUCUCCCUAGUCUUGUCUUUGGGCUCAUUUCCACGUCGGGCAACAAACACGGUUAACUUCUUGGUCGUCAAGGCACCAUCAACGUAUAACGUAAUUUUGGGGCGGCCAAGUAUGAACCUCUUCAGAGCAAUCCCAUCAACAUAUUAUAUGAAGUUGAAAUUUCCUACGACUAACGGAAUUGGAGAAGCCGUAGGCGAUCAACGCGUAGCUCGAGAAUGUUAUGCGAAUACUUUGAGGGCACCUCAACUUCGGAACAAAAAGCAAGUGGGAGGAGGGGAUGACCCUCCCAAUUUCCUAAAGAGAAAAUGGGUGAUGGUUGUUAAAGACAACCUCAUCACCCCCCCGACCAAUCAAGAGGCCAGCGGCACGAGGUUCGCAGCAGUAGAAGAACGGAAAAGCGUAGAAUUGAUUCCGGCCGAUCAAGAUAAACUACUCUGA